AUGACGAAUUUCGAGAAGUCGGUAAAAGGGGCGACCAAACUCAAGCUCGCGGCUCCCAAAUCCAAAUACGUCGAAACCAUCUUGGUCGCCACGCAUACCGGAGAAGCAGGUGUUGCAGAGAUCUUUCGUACCCUUCAACAUAGACUGCACGACUCAGCAUGGACAAUUGUGUUCAAAGCAUUGAUCAUUGUCCAUCUCAUGAUCCGGGAGGGACAGCAGGAUGCCGCACUGGCGUAUCUGUCUGAGCACCCACAGAAAAUUGCGCCGAGCAAUUUCUCAGAAGCGCAGUCUCAAGGACACAAUAUCCGGCGGUAUGCCGAAUAUUUGAUGACGCGCGCCAAAGCUUUCGACGCGACAAAGACAGAUUAUGUGCGCAGCGGACCUGGGCGCCUCAAGCGACUUAGUGUGGACAAAGGUCUGCUACGAGAAACCGAGGUUGUACAACGACAAAUACGUGCGUUAUUGCGAUGCGACCUUUUGACGGACGAGCCAGAGAAUGAGAUUAGUUUGACGGCGUUUCGUCUUCUCACACUGGAUCUUUUAACGCUUUACUCUGUGAUGAAUGAGGGAACGAUUAAUGUCCUGGAACACUACUUCGAAAUGUCCAGGCCGGACAGUGAACGUGCAUUGGGAAUCUACAAGACAUUCACGAAACAGACGGAGGAGGUGGUGCAAUUCCUGGGAGUCGCUCGACACUUUCAGUCUGCCACUCGAUUAGAGAUUCCCAAACUCAAGCAUGCUUCUACCGACUUGACACGCCUCCUCGAGGACGACUUGAACGACCCCGACUUUGAUCUACGAAGGCGAGAAUACUUGGCCGGUAAGGGAAUCAAGAAAGAUGGGAAUGCCCCGGUCUCUGGCGCCGACUCUGCCUUUGCCGACUCGUUCCUUGGCCAAGCGAAGGCUGCGCCCCAUGUACAGCCCGAAACGCAAAAGACGGCGCCGGCAGAUUUGAUUGACUUCUUUGACUCGAUUGAGCAAAACCAACAGCCAAUGGCCCAGGCGGCUGGGAUGCCGUAUCAGCAAGCCGCUGUGCAACCGCCGCCACCUCAACAGGCCUUUUAUCCCCAACAGACUGGGUUUGUUCAGCAACCUCCAGUGCCCACCGGAUACAGCCAGCAUAACCCAUUCGUCCCCAGUGGUCCUCAGCCAACUGCCGGGAAUCCCUUUGGACAGCCGCAGUCUACACCUCAGCCUCUCCAGUCGAUGCCUACCGGGGCAGGGUUCGGUGGUUAUACGCCACAGCCACACUCCUAUGGGUUCCAAUCGCAACUCGCCCCAAUUCCUCAGGACACAGUUCCUGUAUUCCCGCAGCAGAUGCAGCAGACGGUGCAGUCGUCCCCGCCCCAGCCUUUGCAACCGCAGCAGACUGGGACCAACCCGUUCCGUCAAUCCAUCCUCAAUAACCCUACGGGUGCUGCCGCGCCCCCGGCUGCUCCACUGCAGCGGCAGAACACCAAUCCCUUCGCUCGACGUCUGUCCAUGGCCCAGCCAAAUGGAGCUCCGGGACUCGCUGAGCCGAUGCCACAAGUGCCUCCAGUCCCGCAGGCAGCACCGGCACUUCAGCCUCAGCGUACAGGCACCAAUCCUUUUGCGCGGAGUUCGUCCGUGCCUCCGCCUCCUCAUGCGGGUCUUCAGCCUCCAGCCGCGGCUCCUUUGCGACCGAACCCCACCGGGAGUACCAACCCGUUCCGUCAGAGUCAAUUCAUCAAUCAGCAGACCGGCCAAGGAUGGCAGACUGGACAGAAUGGCACCAUGGGUGGAUAUGAACAAUUGGAUACGGUCCCUGUCUUCCCCCGGCCCGGUGUGGCCUAG